GAAAGUUGGUACGGAGGUUAGGAUGUGAGGAGAUCAGCGGUGAUUUCAAAGCUUGUAAUGAAUGUCGAGCGUGGAAUUAUCUUUGGAGGGAAGUCAGCAUCGCGAGAGUGAUUGGUAAGGUAGGUAUUGCUCGUGGUGAGAAAUUCGACGGUGCAUCCCUUUGAUGUAUAGGACUGCUGGUAUAUAUAAAGGGAUACAUAUUUGGGGCUUUGAACUUGAUCAAAGAAUGAUACUUCGAACAUAUCUUUCCAGUGAGACACAUCCUCAACUCCCAUCCCCAGCUUCAACUUCAGCUUCGUGAAAAUCAUUACCGUCCCUUCUCAAUUAUCAUCCCAACAGAUAGAAUGGCAACCAAACCCGUUAUACUCAUUCUUGGAGCUGGUCCUCGAAUCGGCGCCUCCCUAGCCACCCACUUCUCCACCGCCUCCUACUCCAUCGCCCUCGCCUCCCGCCACGGAACCAACACGCUCCUCCCCUCCGGCCACCUCUCCCUCCUCGCCGACUUCUCCACCCCCUCUUCCAUCCCAACCCUCUUCGCCACCGUCAAGAAACACUUCUCUUCUCCUCCAAACGUAGUAAUCUACAACGCCGGCGCAUUCACUCCCCCGCCUUGCAAUGACAAUGUGUUCUCGAUCCCGGCUGAGGCCUUGAUGGCUGAUAUGAACGUCAGUACGAUUAGUGCGUAUGUGGCUGCGCAGGAGGCGGUGAAGGCUUGGGAGGGCGAGGGGAAAGGGAGGGGGGUGUUUAUAUAUACGGGGAAUAUAUGUAAUGUGGAGAUUGUGCCGUGGCCAAUGAUGUUGACGGGUGGUGUGGGGAAGGCGGCGAGUGCGUAUUGGAUUGGGCUUGUGGAUGGGUUGAUGGACGAGAAGGGAUAUCGGUUCUUCUACGCAGACGAGCGUACCCCUGAUGGGAAGUUCAAAGGCUCUGCCGUUGAUGGUGGUGCACAUGGCGAGUUCUACUUGCAGUUGGCGAAGCAGGGGGGUGGCGAUGCCGAUGGGAAGGAGAAGAUUCCGUGGCAUGCUACGUUUGUGAAGGGGAAGGGGUAUGUGCAUUUCAAGAAGGAUGCUGAAACGGCUGCGUGA